AUGACCACCUGGGUUUUACUCUGUAUGUGCUUGCAUCUGAUAUCAGCAACUAUGUCCUAUGGGGAAUACUCAGAUAUGGAGCCAGAGCAUCCCCUGAGUGUGAGUAUUCCCACUGAACGUCUGCUGCGUCCACUGCUUGGGGACACGCUGGUGCUGCCUUGUGAAUUCCAGGACAACACUGUCCAAGACCCCGGGGCCCCCACUAUAACUCCGCUGUCACACCGCAUCAAAUGGAGUCUCGUGACUAAAAACAAAACUAGUACAAUCCUGGUGGCUUCAGAAGGUAUGGUGAAAGUGGAGGACAAGUAUUUGGACAGGGUGACUAUGGUCGGAUAUCCAGCAACCCCGACAGAUGCCAGUAUCAGGAUCACAGAGCUGCUGUCUAAUGACUCCGGAGUUUAUCGCUGCGAAGUAAUGGAGGGGAUUGAAGAUAAUCACGACACUGUUGAGGUCCAGGUGCUAGGUAUAGUUUUUCAUUAUCGUGCCAUCUCUACACGGUACACUCUGACAUUUGAGAAGGCUAAAGCAGCUUGCAUUGAGAACAGCGCCGUGAUUGCCACUCCAGAGCAGCUACAGGCUGCUUAUGAUGGUGGAUUUCAUCAGUGUGAUGCUGGCUGGCUAGCUGAUCAAACUGUGCGGUAUCCAAUUCAUGAGCCAAGAGAACGUUGCUAUGGUGAUAAGUACGAAUUCCCUGGCGUGCGGACAUAUGGUGUGAGAGACGUGUCAGAGACUUAUGAUGUGUAUUGUUUUGCCAAGAGUAUGACAGGACGAGUAUUCUAUGCGACAUCACCUGAAAAAUUUACCUUUCCUGAAGCCGAGGCAGAGUGUGCAAAGCUUGGUGCAAAGUUAGCAACAACAGGUCAACUGUAUUUGGCAUGGAAAGCAGGCAUGGAUGUAUGUAGUGCAGGUUGGCUGGCUGACAGGAGUGUCCGCUACCCUAUCAACAUUGCCCGGCCGCAGUGUGGUGGCGGUCUGCUCGGCGUACGUACCGUCUACCUACACCCUAACCAAACAGGUUACCCCCACCCUGACUCACGCUAUGACGCCAUCUGUUACGAUGAGCAGGAAGAAGGCUCUGGCUUGCCCACUAUUAUGCCACCAGGAGAGACUACGUCAGAGGAAGGGAGUGGCAUCUUAAGCAUAAGCACCUUUACUGACAGCCCCAAAGCCUUCAUUACACGUACUACCACUGAGAGUGAGCUACUUGGGGGUGUGGUGACACACAAACCAACAACUACCCUAAGUUCGUACAUCCCAGAAAAUGCCACCCAGCUGCCUCUGUCCCCUCCUCUCAGUAGUAGAGAGGUCAUUGAUGAGGUUAUAGAGAGGAUGACUGCUCGCCCGGACGUUGGGACAGUGAGGAAUGACAGUGGAGCUGUUUCUUCACCAGGAAUACUUUUCCAUUACCGUGCUGGUUCAAGCCGCUACAAUUUCACUUUUGUGGAGGCUCAGUUGGCAUGUCAGAGUGUUGGUGCAGUCAUAGCCAGCCCACAGCAGCUCCAGACUGCUUACGAAUCAGGAUACCACCAGUGUGAUGCCGGCUGGCUUCUUGACCAGACUGUCAGAUAUCCAAUUGUGUCACCACGAGAUGCUUGUGCUGGUGACUUGGAGAAGGUUCCAGGUGUAAGGUCAUAUGGAUUGCGGCCGGCAGAUGAGCGCUAUGAUGUUUACUGCUACAUGGACAGACCAAGGGGGAAGGUUUUCCAUGUGAGCUCAUUGGAAGGGUUCACGUAUGAUGAAGCUGUGGCACAGUGUCAGGGGCAGAAUGCUACUCUGGCCUCUACAGGUGAUCUCUAUGCAGCAUGGAAGCAGGGCUAUGACAGGUGCCGUGCUGGCUGGCUGAGUGAUCGCAGUGUCCGUUACCCUAUUAACUUCCCUCGAUCUCAGUGUGGUGGAGGAAAACUUGGAGUUCACACAGUCUACAAAUUACCAGAUCAGACAGGAUAUCCUGAUCCCCAAUCCAGAUUCGAUGCCUUCUGUCUCCAGGUGGAUCUGCAAAUUUUCCCUGACAAAACAGGACUGAAUCUUACUGAAGUUCAGGAGGAACGGGUCAACCUCACAUCCAUAACUGAUCUUCUUAGACCUGUAAGCCCUCCCAUCACUCCCCCAGUCCAUGUGGAGCCAUCUGGUUCAGGCUCUGCUGAUUUUAGCUCUGUUGACUGGACCAGUGGAAUCUCUGGCAGUGGGAGUGCCAUGCAGCCCAGUGAGGGUUCUGGCCUGAGUGGAGACAUGUCCGGUUCAGGACUAAGUGGUGAUAUGUCUGGAUUUAGUGGUGAUAUGCCUGUAGUCAGUGGUGAUGUGUCUGGGUUCAGUGGUGACAUAUCUGGAUUCAGUGGUGAUGAGUCUGGCAUAGUUGUGACCUUCUCUGGAAGUGAUGCCAUUUUAUCAGGAGCAGGAUUCAUAUCAGGACAACCUGAGGAGGCUGGAGAGGGUAGUGUGGGAAUCUUGACCUUUCCUCCAGCAUUUGGGUCAGGAUCUGGGAGUGGGUCUGGGCUCAGCUCUGAGGAGAGUGGUUCCUCUUCAGAUGUGUCGAGUGGCUCAGGAGAGAGUGGGGAAUUCUCUAGCAUCUCAUCAGGAUCCGGUUCCAGUCAGGAGUUCUCUGGAUACAGUGCGUUUCCAUCUGGACUCUUUCCCUCUGGAGACUCCAGUAGCUCUUCUGGAGACUCCAGUAGCUCCUCAGGAGACUUGGAGAGCAGCGAGGUUAUCAUGGUAGAUGGUCGGUGGGUGGAGGUGUCCUCAUCUCUCCCUGUCAUUGAGAAGGAGCUUGGCGGAGGCCAGGUAGAGAUUAGUGGUUCUGGUGAUCUUUCGGGGUCAGGGGCUAGUGGCUUCUUUUCUGGGAUGAGUGGGGAUAACAGUGGUUCUGGGAGCGGAUUAGGCUUUCCUGAUGUGACUUUUGUGGGUUCGACAUUCAUUGACCAUACACACGAACCGACAAGAGAACAGGAAGCCUCUGGAAUUUUGGUGUCUGGAUCCGGUGAAGGCAGUGGAUUUUCCUCUGGAACAUCUGGCUUCCCAUCAGGAGAGAUAUCUGGAAUGUCUGCCAGUGGGGACAUUACUUUCUUGCCAGAGAGUAGUGUGAAGACAUCCAUCAGACCCACCCAGAGUAUGGAGAUGGGCAAAGGGACAGUGGAGUACAGUGGAACUGGUAGUGGAUUGCUGUCAGGUAGUGGUGACCUGCAUGAAUCUACAUCUGCCAGUGGACACACCUCAGGAACACAUUCUAGUGAGUCACCUGCUGAUGUCCUACUGUCUCAGCCCUCACCACCACUCUUAAGUGACACAGCUGGACCGGCAGAGAUCCGGUCAGAACUAGAUAAGAGUGAAACACAUGCUACGUCCUCUCCAUUUGAUGCUAUGGUUACUACCAUGCCUGCAAUCUCUCUUAUGCCCCCUGCUGUUUUGGAGGAACCAGUGCAAGUAGAGGGUGCUGUUAAUCCAUGCGAUCCAAACCCAUGCGGCACUGGACUGUGUGUGGUGCAGGAUGGCACUGGCCUGUGCCAGUGCCCACCAGGGCUGAGUGGAAAGGAGUGCCAGUUUGAAGUAGAUGUGUGCCACUCAAAUCCUUGUGCCAAUGGAGCCACCUGUGUGGAGAGUGAGGACACUUUCAAAUGCUUAUGCCUACCAAGCUACGGAGGAGAGCGUUGUGAGAUCGAUGUGUACAGCUGUGAGGAGGGCUGGAUGAAGUUUCAGGGCAACUGUUACCUGCAUUUUCCUGAGAGAGAAACCUGGCUUGAUGCAGAGAAACGCUGCAGAGAUUUAAACUCUCAUCUAGUCAGCAUCCUCACUCCAGAGGAACAGGAGUUCGUCAACUCUCAUGCACAGGACUACCAGUGGAUUGGACUGAAUGACAAAACAGUGGAAAAUGAUUUCCACUGGUCAGAUGGAACACCUUUGCAAUAUGAGAACUGGAGACCACAUCAGCCCGAUAAUUACUUUAACUCCAAUGAGGAUUGUGUGGUGAUGAUCUGGAAUGAAAAUGGCCAAUGGAAUGAUGUUCCCUGCAAUUACCAUCUACCAUUCACAUGCAAGAGUGGACCAGUGUCUUGUGGCCAACCGCCUGAGGUGGAAAAUGCCAGGAUGUUUGGGAAGAAGAGAGAGCGCUACCCGGUCAACUCCAUAAUUAGGUACCAGUGCAGAGAAGGAUUCACACAGCGCCAUCUACCUAUUGUGCGUUGUAUGGAAGAUGGCCAGUGGCAGAAACCGCAAGUGGAAUGCUUAACCAAAUUCGACAGGCACCUCAAAAUGGAUAAGAGCUCCAUCAGCAAGCAUCCACAGACAGCCAGCCAUCAGGUCUUCAACAAAAUAUAA